AUGAGAUUUAGGAGUAAGAUGUGUUUAUGGUUGGCAAUGUUUGUAGCAAGUUUGACACACCAUUACCAUGGCUCUCUCGUCACCACUUCAGACCCUCCAAGGAAUGUUGUGUUUAUGGUGCCUUCGCUGUUGCGUUGGCGAUUACCAUGGCUCUCUCGUCACCACUUCAGAACCUCUCUUCAUUAAUCUCUGCUCACGGAAUCGCCACCGCAACAGCGAAGGCACCAUCACGGCAUCAGUGUGCGGUUCACGCGGCGGCAUCCGACACAGCCACGACCGUUGAAGUUGGCAGUUAUGAAGAAGGGAAAUUGGUGCGACCAAAAUGGACUGGAGAAACCCCUCUGUCUCGCAUGGUUCGAGCUCUCAUAUCUUUCAAACCCUUAUACUCUAUCCUCAAACUUGGUGCUAGACAGGUUUUAAUAAGUACAGCUGAGAAAAACAACAUACCUUGGAGGGAAAUGACGAAAGAGAUUUUGGAAUCACAAGUUUAUAAGGAAAUGGAUACCAUUCAAAACCACUCUUUAGUAUAUCCAGAUUAUUAUUUGAAUCCAUUCCAUGCGUAUGAUGAGGGGAAUCUUACAUGGCUGGCAGCAGCAGAAGCAGAGGCGGCUACUAAGUCAAUGGUAAGACGAGCAAUUCCCAACGCUUCUUCCAUCGAUGAAGCAACUCAAAUACUGCGUGGCAAUUGGCUUCAAGCAAUUGAACAACACCAUCUACAACAUUCACAAACAUCCAUGAUUAGCGACAUUCUAGACAUUGGAUGCUCAGUGGGAGUAAGCUCAAGAUGUCUGGCAGACAAGUUCCCAACGGCGAAUGUCACCGGGCUAGAUCUGUCACCGUAUUUUCUAGCUGUGGCUCAACAUAAGGAAAAGAGAGGAGCGCCUAGAAAAAAUCCUAUAAAAUGGAUACAUGCAAAUGGGGAAGACACAGGCUUGCCUUCUAAAUCAUUUGAUCUUGUGUCUAUUGCGUAUGUGUUUCAUGAAUGUCCAGCCAGAGCUAUAGUGAAUGUAGUAAAGGAAGCAUUUCGUCUCCUUCGACCUGGAGGCACCCUAGCUAUGACAGAUAAUUCGGUAUAUAAAAUCCUGAUCAUGUUUUUUUUUAACAAAAAAAUUAUGUUCCUAUCACAAACACUCAUAUUUUUUUUCCUUCUGCAGCCAAAGUCGAAGGUCCUACAGGAGUUGUCUCCAGUCCUGUUUACAUUGAUGAAGAGUACAGAACCUUUUCUUGAUGAGUACUACUUGACUGAUAUGGAUGAAACACUGAUGGAAGCUGGUUUUGUGAACAUAACAUCAAUUCUUACUAACCCCAGACACGUCACAUUAACAGCUACUGUGCCUCAAUAAAACAUCUUGGGAUGUUUUGUUUUCUUUAAAUUUUUUUGGAACAUAAACAUCUAUUGUUGUUUACUUUAAACAAGAAUGAAAGUCCUUGGUUUAUGCAGUUAUUAUUGUGUUGUAAAGGAGAACUAUAUGAAACUGGUAGAUUAAAUCGUGUAUCAAUGGUUCGCAAAACAAGGCUUAUCUUACCUUUUA